CCACAGUUAUUCGUUUCAUAUUCAAGCACAUGCUUUGAAACAUGGAACCAGAAACACUUCAGCCAUUCCCCCACUUCCUCUUCCUUGCCCUCUUCUUCCUCCUCCUCCUCUUCCAAUGGCUCGCUGGCGAUCUCCGGCGAGCCGCCAAGGUUCCCGGCGGCCCCCCGAGCUACCCCGUCAUCGGGUGCUUGGUCUCCUUCUACCGGAACCGCCGCCGCCUCCUGGAAUGGUACACGGAGCUCCUCGCCCGGUCGCCGACGCACACCAUCGUCGUGCGGCGGCUCGGCGCCCGCCGCACCAUCGUGACGGCGAGCCCCGCGAACGUCGAGCACAUCCUCCGGACGAACUUCCACAACUUCCCCAAGGGCAGGCCGUUCACGGAGAUCCUCGGCGACUUCCUCGGCUGCGGCAUCUUCAACGUCGACGGCGAGCUGUGGCGGAGCCAGCGGAAGCUCGCGAGUCACGAGUUCAGCGUCAGGUCGCUGAGGGAGUAUACGGCGACGACUCUGAAGGAUGUGGUUGAUGGCCGGCUAAUGCCGGUCCUCGAGUCGCUGUCGGCGGAGAGGAGGACGGUCGACCUGCAGGAGCUGCUGAAGCGGCUCGCGUUCGACAUGAUUUGCAGAGUCUCGCUCGGGACCGAGGUUUGCUCUCUUGAACCUUCCCUGCCCGACUCUCCGCUCGCUAGAGCGUACGACGUUUCGUGUGCGAUCUGCGCGCGCCGCGGAGCCGCGCCUGUAUCAGCGAUUUGGAGGAUCAAGAGGUGGCUCGGAGUCGGAUCGGAGCGCGAGCUGAAGCAGGCAGUCGACGAGGUUCACUCGAGCAUUGCUCGGUUGAUUCGAGAUCGAGCGGAACGAAUCGUCGAAACGGGGGAUCGCAGCGCGGGCAGUCAAUCGGAUCUCUUGUCGCGCCUAGCGUCAGCGGGCUACGGCGAGGAGUUGAUCCGAGACAUGGUGAUCAGCUUCAUAAUGGCCGGGCGAGACACGACCUCGGCGGCGAUGACGUGGCUCUUCUGGAUGCUCUCGCGGAGCCAGGAGGUGGAGCGGGAGCUGAUCGGAGAAGUCGACGGCGCCGCGGGGGAGCUGGACUACGACUCCCUGAAGGAGCUCAAGUUCCUGAGCGGGUGCCUGUGCGAGGUGAUGAGGCUGUACCCGCCGGUCGCGUGGGACUCGAAGCACGCCGUCGGCGACGACGUCUUGCCGGACGGGACUCCGGUCCGAGCCGGGGACAGGGUGACGUACUUCCCCUACGGGAUGGGGAGGAUGGAGUCGAUCUGGGGGAGGGAUCGGCUGGAGUUCAAGCCGGGCCGGUGGUUCGAGGGACCGGAAGGGAAGCCCCGAGGGGAGCUGAAGAAGGUGUGUCCGUACAAGUUCCCGGUCUUCCAGGCCGGCCCGAGGGACUGCAUCGGGAAGGAGAUGGCGUUUUUGCAGAUGAAGUACGUGGUGGCCUCGGUGCUGCGCCGGUUCGAGAUCAGGCCGGUCGAGAGGGACGACGACGGGGUCUUCGUGCCCCUCUUGACGGCCCACAUGGCCGGCGGGUUACCGGUUCAGAUCCGCAAGCGAGAGCGCCCGCCUGCGAGCCAAUGAGCCCGAGAACGUGUGAUCUUCCGGGGGGGGCGACUCGAGAAUGGCGUCAAUUUUUUCUGUUGUAAAUAUCAGGGAAGAAAGAAAGGGACCGAUUGCGGUGAUCAAGAUCGCUUUUUUUGGGCACUUUUUCCUGAUGUUUUGGCCAAAAGUUAGGUUUUGCCCAUCACGGCUCAAAACGAUGAUGAUUAAUAAUAAAGAAGGGGCGCUGAACAAUGGCGAAUGUGAUCCAGAUGACACGAAACGAAUGCGGGAGACAUUCGGAAUCCUAUGCGAUCUUUCAAACUUUUGUCCGAAUUUGUUCGAAUCGCUAUGCAGCACGUGAAAGAUUUUUGCAGUUCAAGGCCCGAGUUUGUUCGUUUGAAGCAACGUCUUUCGUGGAUGGCCCGAAAGAGAAGCAACGUUUCAAUUGGCUCGUUCCUUGCAUCAUUUCUAUCGUCCACGUUUUGAUCUUUUAACCGACCAAGCAAAAGCCUGUGUAAACAGAUUUGAGAGCACGCAUCCACCUAAGAUGUCGGGGAAACCAUGUCCGACUAUUGUUUGUUUCGUACUUCUUGUUGUGUAUUUCAAUAAGAUUAGUAAGUCUUGAAAUAUUGAAAGCCAUCAUUUUUGUCGCGGUUUUGUAGUGAUUUUGCAUCGUUUUGUAACAGUCCUGGCUGCGACAAUUUGCAACG